AUUCUCAGACGGAGGAUAUAUAUAACAUCCUUUCUUCUCAUCAAUCAGCAUGGUACAGUGACAAACAGACAUCACAUAACUGAACCUUCCUAGAAUUUUCCGGACUUGCUUGCAGAUGCUCUCUAUAAAUAUAGCUGAAACGAUUAUAAACACCCACGCCGCAAUUAUCUUCCCUCCCAUGUGUCCAAAACACAUGCACAUUCCCACAAUAUAUACAAAAUAUUUACAUAUAAUUAUUUAUUUGUGGUGAUUACACCAUCAAAAUGGCAACAAUUACCACCAGGGAGCCAUGGCUCAUGGAGAACGGAACUGUCAAGGGUUUGACAAAGGAGAGGCAUGGCAAAACUCUUCACAACAUGUCUUCUUCUUCCCUUCGCAAAAAGUCCGAUAUGACCCUCGUGUCCAAAGUCCCCAUUAGUUGUCUCAGGCUCUUUUUAGCUAAUCUUCAGGAGGUUAUUCUGGGAACUAAGCUUUCCAUCCUCUUCCCAGCUAUUCCUCUUGCCAUUAUAGCUCAUUAUUGUAAUUUUGGAAAACCGUGGGUUUUUGCUUUCAGCUUAAUUGGCCUCACUCCGCUUGCCGAGCGAAUCAGUUUCCUGACUGAACAAAUUACGUUCUAUACUGGGCCUACAGUGGGAGGGCUUUUGAAUGCAACAUGUGGAAACGCGACAGAGCUUAUAAUAGCACUGUUUGCUCUGUGGCAACGCAAAGUAGAUGUUGUCAAGUUUUCGCUUUUAGGAUCCAUUCUUUCGAACCUGCUUUUGGUUCUCGGUACCUCUCUUUUCUGCGGUGGCCUGGCCAAUCUGCACAGUGAGCAAAAAUACGACAGGAAACAAGCGGAUAUCAACACUGUACUUCUGUUACUGUCAUUGUUAUGCCACAUUCUGCCACUAAUGUUCCGUUAUGCGGGUGAUGACACGGCUUAUAGUCCAAAUGACACGCUUCAGCUGUCGAGAGUUAGCUGCAUAAUUAUGUUGGUGGCAUACGUUGCUUACCUGGUUUUCCAGUUGUGGACUCACCGCGAAUUUUUUGAAGCCCAAGAGGAAGAAGAUGAUGAUUUGGUUUCCGAAGAAGCACCUGUUCUUGGAUUCUGGAGUGCAUUUAUUUGGCUGGCUGGGAUGACUGUUGUGAUAGCCGUGUUAUCUGAGUACGUUGUUGGCACUAUUGAGGAAGCAUCAGCAUCUUGGGGGAUUUCAGUAAGCUUCAUCAGCAUCAUUCUAUUACCAAUAGUCGGAAAUGCAGCUGAACAUGCUGGAGCUGUCAUUUUUGCUUUUAAGAACAAGUUGGAUAUUACUUUGGGUGUUGCUCUUGGUUCUGCUACUCAGAUUGCCUUGUUUGUGGUUCCAGUGAGUGUAGUUUUCGCUUGGGUGCUGGAUAUAAACAUGAAUCUUGAUUUCAAUCUUCUCGAGACCGGUUCCCUUGCUCUCUCAGUUUUAGUCACCGCAUUCACUCUACAGGAUGGCACUUCUCACUACAUGAAAGGAGUUGUGCUUCUAUUGUGCUAUGUCGUCAUUUCUGCAUGCUUUUUCGUAUCAAACGGUUCAACAACUAAUCAGGGGAAUGGCUUAAACCUCGGACUUAAUUCAUCCUUCAAAUAAACCUUCAGGAUCCGAAAUGCAAGAUUUGAGAUUGUUCGAUGCCAUUCCAAAUUAUUGAUCGAUGAAAAGGCAUCAGUUUGAUUGUUUCUUCAAAUUCUCUUGGCCUCAAAUGAAGAAAGUGUGAUAUUUGAGUCCUUGUGUUAGUUAUUUGGGAUAUAAAGGAGGCACAUUCAAAAUUUCAUGAGCUUCAUGGGUCAUCCUUCCUCGGAUCUAUUGGAUUUCAAGCGUUACAUAUGAAUUACCAAGUUGUAUUAAUCCAUCUAGGUGUAAAACAGGAGAAGUCAUGCUUGGCAAUGGUUUUGUUUUUUUUAA